AUGCUGCGAGCAGCCGCACUCCUACUGCUCAUCAGGACUUGGCUCGCAGAGAGCAACGGCCCCAGUCCCACCCCGAAAUUCCACUUCGAGCUCUCCCCCAGCAUGCCUGAAGUCAUCCUGGAUCUCUUCAACUGCAAAAAUUGUGCAAAUGAAGCUGUAGUUCAAAAGAUUUUGGACAGGGUGCUGUCAACAUAUGAUGUCCGACUGAGACCAAAUUUUGGAGGUGCUCCUGUGCCUGUGUCAGUAUCUAUCUAUGUCUCCAGUAUUGAACAGAUCUCAGAAAUAAAUAUGGACUAUACAAUCACAAUGUUUUUGCAUCAGACCUGGAAGGACACACGCUUAGCAUACUAUGAAACUAACCUGAACCUGACUCUGGACUAUCGUAUGCAUGAAAAGCUGUGGGUCCCUGACUGCUACUUUGUGAAUAGCAAAAAUGCCUUUGUGCAUGAUGUAACUGUGGAGAAUCGUGUGUUUCAGCUUCACCCAGAUGGAACAGUGCGAUACGGCAUCCGGUGAGUUCACACUUAUCUGGAUCUGCAAAAAUUCCCUAUGGACAAGCAAGCCUGCAAGCUGGAGGUGGAGAGCUAUGGCUAUACCAUCGAUGACAUUGUAUUAUCCUGGGAAGAUGAGAAUGCCAUCCACAUUACUGAUGAGCUGCACAUCCCUCAGUUUACCUACCUGGGGAGGACAAUUACUAGCAAGGAGGUGUAUUUCUACACAGGUUCCUACAUGCGCCUGAUAGUGAAGUUCCAGGUUCAGAGGGAAGUCCGAAGUUACCUUGUACAGGUCUAUUGGCCCACAGUCCUCACCACCAUUCUCUCCUGGAUAUCAUUUUGGAUGAACUAUGAUUCCUCUGCAGCCAGGGUGACAAUUGGCCUAACUUCUAUUCUUGUCCUGACCACUAUCGACUCACAUAUGCGGGAUAAACUCCCCCAUAUUUCCUGUAUCAAAGCCAUUGACAUCUACAUCCUUGUGUGCCUGUUCUUCGUGUUCCUGUCCCUGCUGGAGUAUGUCUACAUCAACUACCUUUUCUUCAGCCAAGAAUCUCGGCGCAACCGCAGGAGAUUCAAGAAACCCAGGAGAGUUGUUGCUCGAUACCGCUACCAAGAAGUGGUGGUGGGAAAUGUGCAGGAUGGCCUGAUUAAUGUGGAAGACAGAAUGGAAGACAGAGUUGGUCCCCUUCCUGACAGCCCCAUGCAGGCUCAUCUGGCAAGCCUGGAAAGUCUUGGAUCCUUGGUGUUAACCUCAGAGCAGGCCCAGCUAGCUACCUCAGAAAGCCUCAGCCUGCUCUCUUCUAACUCAAGCCAGGCCCAAUUGGCCACUGGAGAAAGCCUGAGUGAUCUGCCCUCCACUUCUCAGCAAACACUGCAUGACUGUACCAUUCACUUUCAUGGCUUCCUCACAAAUGACAGUAUUAUCCCCAUCAAAAUCCACAACCAUUCUGAGGUCCAUGGUGAUGAAGACUCCGAAGAGAGCCUGAGCUCUGAUGAGACUCAUGACCAUGACAGCAACCCCGGUGGAAGGCUCGUGUUCCACAGUGGCCAGAGGUGUGUGCAAGAAGCAAAUUGGAACCUUGAUAAGAUUGAGAGCUUACAGGAUGACAUCAGUAUCAAGAGCAGCUGUCUUGGCCUUGAUGAACCACACAAGGGGGAUGCUGACAGUAUCUGGAGCCUUACUGAUGAGGAGCUCAUGGCCUGUGACCGAGAGGACAGUAGCUCAGAGUCUGAGGAGAGUUGCCCCUCAAGCCCUGGGUGCUCCUUCAAUGAAGGGUUCUCUUUCCAGCUCUUUAACCCUGACCAAGUCCCUAAGGUUGAUAGGUGGUCCCGCUUCCUCUUCCCUCUUUCCUUUGGGUUGUUCAAUGUGGUUUACUGGUUGUACCACAUCUAUUAG